AAAUAAAAAAGUGAACACUCUUUUACAUGUAUUGCAGCUGCCGUGAACAUAGAGAAAUGGGUCCAUAUAUAUAUUCCUUACAAAGUUUCCUUUUUAUACACUCAGUCUCAAAUACUCAUACUUUUAAUUUCCCUUUCGGACACGAUCCGGGUCAGCCGCUUCUUUCAUCAUCUUCUCUUCUCCGUUCUACUGUUUCAAAUCAGAUACUCAGUUUCUUUUUAGCUAAACUUUGAUUGUAAACCACUAAUUUUAACUAUUCGUCUUCCAUCUCCUCACUAGCUAGUCUACAGUACCAACUUUUUUAAGUUGCUGUUUAUUUAGAGGAAAUGGAAGAUCAUCAUUAUGGUAUGAUGGAUCUAACACAGUACAUGAAUGGAAGGUCUCUAUUUGCUUCUGUUCAACCACAUCUAACUCCGGAUUUGUUAUGUGGUCAACACCAACACUUCGAGAAUAUGGUAAUGGCUAGCAGUGCUAUGGCUCCACAACACGACAACUGUCUUCCUCAUCAGCAUCAUCACCAUCACGAGUUUCAUCCUGAUUCUAGCACUGGGGCAGCUGCCACUACUAGAACCAGUGUCAGUGUUGGUGGUGGUGGUGUGUGCGCGUUAAGCGCGUUGGAGAUGGAGGGUGUUGGUGGUGGUGGUGUACACGGAGGGGAUGGUGGAAAUGGGAGGUGGCCUAGGCAAGAGACACUUACACUUCUUGAAGUUAGAUCACAACUUGAUUGUAAGUUCAAGGAAGCUAAUCAGAAAGGUCCCCUUUGGGAUGAAGUAUCUAGGAUUAUGUCUGAGGAAUAUGGAUAUCAAAGGAGUGGAAAAAAGUGCAGGGAGAAAUUUGAGAACCUGUACAAAUACUACAAGAAGACUAAAGAUGGGAAAGCUGGAAGACAAGAUGGUAAACAUUAUAGAUACUUUAGACAACUUGAAGCUCUCUAUGGUAAAACAGGCAGCACAAUUGAUAUUAGCACCUUUCUUCAUUACAAUCAAGAAGCUCAUCAAGGUCCUAAGCUCUCCGACAGUCUCUAUGAUUCCUCUGAUUCUGACGCUACUAAUUUGUCUGAUGACGAAAAUGAUUCGAGAGAAAAGAGGAAGAAUAAGAAAAGGGGAAAAAGGAGUUGGAAAGCUAAGAUAAGAGACUUUAUGGACAUACAAAUGAGGAAGUUAGUAGAAAAACAAGAAUUUUUGUUGGAGAAAAUGAUGAAGACAAUUGAAGAUAAGGAAAAAGAGAGGAUUUUAAGGCAAGAAGAAUGGAGGAAACAAGAGGCAAUUAGGGUUGAAAAACAGCAAAAAUUUUGGGCUAAUGAGAGAGCAUGGAUUGAAGCGCGCGACGCAGCUUUAAUCGAUGCAUUGCAUAAAUUAAAUGGAGAAGAAAUCAUGAAGAGUACUAUUACUAAUUAUAAUCUCAAUGAUAAAAAUGCUUCAAUGUUUUAUUGCAACAAGAAGCAAAAGGACAUGAAUUCAUUGAGCUCAUCAUGUUAUUACAAUUUCCAGAUAAAGAAUGAAGGGAGGUCAUAUUGUGAAACAUCAAGACAUGUACCAAAUGUUCAUGAAACAAUGGAUGAUGGGCUGUUUUAGGCUAUGUUGCUCGAACGAUGGGUACGUAGCAGAUCCUUUAAAAGUAGUGCAUGUUUUAGGAUUCGAUACAAGUACCAUAAUAUUUUUGGAGAGUCUGAACAUGUAGGUUUUAGGUACUUUAUGGAAGAUGUUGAGGACUUAUAACAGUUUGGACAUUCAGCUCAUCAAGAGAUUUAAAUUUUCUGAAAAAAGAAAAGAGAUUGUGCUAGGAGGUAAGUGGUUUAAAUUUGACUAUGGUAUUUUUAUUUUA